CCUCUCUCUCUCUCUCUCUCUUGCUCGUUCUCAUUCCGUUUGUUCUUCAUUUUGAAUCGAGAUAUAUCUGUUGUGAAUUGUGAAGUGUAAUUUAGGAACGAAAAAAUGCUCGCAGUGUUCGACAAAUCGAUAGCAGAGUGUCCCGAAGGACUUCAAAGCUCUGUUACGGGAUCAGUUUCUGCUUUGAAAGAUGGGUUAUUGGCCAAUCAUUUCUCUUCUAUCCAUCCUGAUUCUGUCUCCAUUAAUCUCGCUUCUUCUGGUUUAAUGGCAUUUACCACUGAGAAACAGAACCCUCUCCUUCCAAGGUUAUUUGGUGUUGUAGAUGACAUAUUCUGCCUCUUCCAAGGACAAAUUGAGAACAUUCCUCUUCUGAAGCAACAAUAUGGGUUGAAUAAGACUGCAAAUGAAGUCAGCAUUGUGAUUGAAGCAUACAGAACUCUAAGAGACAGAGGACCUUAUCCUGCAUACCAGGUCUUGAGAGAACUUGGUGGGAAGUUUGCUUUUAUCCUGUAUGAUGGUUCUUCGAAAACCUCUUUCAUUGCUGCUGAUGCUCAAGGGAGUGUGCCAUUCUUCUGGGGAAUUGAUUCUGAAGGCCAUAUUGUUUUUUCAGAAGAUAAGGAGAUAGUGGAGAAAGCUUGUGAGAAAUCUUCUGCACCAUUCCCUAAAGGGUGUUUCUUCACAACCUCUGGAGGCUUGAAGAGUUAUGAGCACCCUGCGAAUGAGCUGAAGGCAAUGCCCAGGGUUGACAGUUCAGGUCAGGUUUGUGGUGCAACGUUCAAGGUUGAUAUAGAGACCAAGAGAUCAGCUAGCAUGCCAAGAGUUGGAAGUGCUGCUAACUGGUCUGCCCUCUACUGAUCUCACCAAUUCCAUCUUGGCAAGGCUGUCCUACCAUCACUCAUCUUCCGUCAUAUGAUCAUUUUCCUAUUCUUGGUGCUGGGUUUUUAUGUUGUUAGAAUGUGUUUUGAAGUAUAAGCCGAGGCAUUACUGUAAUUAGAUAGCCUCCUGCAGCUUCCGCUGCACCUGUGAUAGAUAUUCUUAUAUCAUCAUUGUAGGAGUGAAACCUCCUAAUGUAACCUUUGCUGCAUUACAAAGAUUUCUUAGCACACAAUGUGUGGUCAGUUUUGUAGUGCAGAACUAUAUUUUUUGUAAAUUGUGUACCAAUGAUUUGGAUCAUUCAAGUAAAAUCAUUCCUUUAA